AUGAUGCGAGGACUUCAACAGAUUGCGAUGGACAAAGAUUCCUACGGGUUCACUUUCGCUCCUUUCACUUUCGCGCCACAACUGCCCGCCCCACAGCCGACUUUUGCUCCGUUUCCUCCACCGACUAGCCGCCCUCCAACAUCUCCACCGACUAGCCGCCCUCCUACAUCACCACCUACUAGCCGCCCUCCAACAUCUCCACCUACUAGCCGCCCUCCUACAUCUCCACCAUCUCCAUCACCAACCAACCCUCCUCCAACCACCCCCUUGCCAACGAAAGGACCCACUGUCAAACCAACCCCAAGGCCACCAACGACGGCAGCACCUGUCGUCACAACCAAGCCUCCAGUUUCGUCAACACCUGUUCCCGUCGAUAAUGCUCCCGUUACUACUUCACCGGUCAAUUCUCCUGUCUCGAAUCCAGGGCCUCCAAGCGCAACCUCGCCAGUCAAUUCUCCCGUCUCGAAUCCUGAUGGUCCUCCAGUUGCAACUCCUGGCGACACUCCAACAGCAACGAAAGCACCAACAAACCCACCUCCAACUACGUUGUCUCCCGUGUCCACAGCACCAGUUACAACAGCUCCAGUGGCCUCCCCUACUGCAAACGUUGCCCCAACAUUGAACAACCCUGCACCAACAAAGGCACCUGUCCCAGCAGUCUCUCCUACUACCAAUGUACCAGUGGUCGCGCCGACUAACACGGUAGCUCCAGUCGGGAGCAAUCCUUCACCCAGCUCCCCCAUUGCCCCAUCUCCAAACACCAAUCCAGUCCCCGAAUCUUCUGGUGGGCCCAACAUUAGGCCACCUGUAUCGCCAACUCCAAACAACAACCCUUCAAAUCCAUCAACUCCAAGUUCAUCUGAUUGUUCCAACGUCCUUUUGUGGGGUGAGGAGUUCAACUACAAAGGAGAGCCGGAUCCUAACAUAUGGUCUUACGACUUGGGUGGGGGCGGGUGGGGGAACCAUGAACUCCAGACGUACACAAGUUCCGCUGAAAAUGUCGUUGUCCAAGAUGAUAGGCUCAAGAUCGCUGUGCGCAACAAGACACAAGCGGAGGACACCGCCAUCACCUUCACGUCCGCGCGCAUCAAGACCGAUGACAAAUUCCUCUUCACCUAUGGAACUCUCGAGGCGCGCAUCAAGGCUCCUGACAUAGACGCUGGAUUGUGGCCGGCCCUUUGGACUCUUGGGUCGGAGUUUUAUCAAGUAGGUUGGCCUGCUGCGGGCGAAAUCGACAUAUUUGAGAUGGGACAGGGCUUGGCCAUCAACGAAGGAAAGGUGAACCGAAGAGUGGUCAGUGCGGCGCAUUGGGCCAUUGAGGGGGAAUAUGCAACAUAUGCGCGUUCGUACGAUCAUCCCACAAACCUUACCAACGAUUUUCAUAUCUACCGAAUGGAAUGGAAUCCCAACUCCAUUUCUACCUAUGUCGAUGACAACUGGGUAUGGGAAAUGGAUAUCGAUCAGGGCAACUGCCCCACUUGUGGCGUGUUCCAUAAACCGCAUUUCAUCCUGCUCAACAUUGCGGUUGGAGGAGGCUUUACCAGCGGUGGGACCUCUUCUUCGGCCGCUGGAAGCAGCAGCAGCAGCGCUUGCUAUGGUUCCAGUAGCAGCGCCGGGGCCAGUUCUUCGGCUGCUGGAAGCUCGUCUGGAGGAUGCCCUUCACGUAAACCCGAGGAUGUCACAGCUCCACUCCCAGCAGAGAUGCAAGUGGAUUGGAUCCGUCUCUACGACAAUUGCCAUACCACAGUGGACAAGCAACCUCCUACCUCAUCUCCCACCGACGCACCAGUGGAUGCUACUGUAGCAGCGGCGGAUCGUUCUAGCACUGCUGGUUCCACAACUUACGACGAUGCCGCUGACAAGUUUGUACCCGAAGACUUUGUUGAAGAACCAGAAACCGUUCGUGAAGAGCCACUGGGUGAACAGCCAGGACUUCGAUCUUCAGUAUCGCAGAAAAUGGAAGCAGGAGGCGGCACUAAUUCGCAGAAACUGAAAGCAGUCGGCGGCACUGCUGAUGCGACGAACGUAUCUUCUUCCAGUCGACGUCGCAAACUUCUGGCUGGAGUGCUUCUGUCCGGCCUUGUCCUGUUGCACCUUGUGUAA